CUGCUAGCUCGACAUUCCCUGACGUGUUUCGCAAACGUUUGCGAAUUAUGCUGUGAGAAACGCCCGCGUUUAUGUGACUGCUACAGGUGAAAACGGAUCCGCGAUGCCGGGGACCGAAGACAGUACAACGGAGCUGGGAGAAAUAGAGAAUGUCAGGGUAGUGGUGCGAGUUCGACCAUUGAGCAGCAAAGAGUUUGAUGUCCACUGCAAAAAUAUAAUAGAUGUGGAUGCCCUGAACGCCGAGAUCACUAUAGAAAAUCCAAAUGCAGCUCAAGGAGAGCCACCAAAAGUCUUUUCCUUCGACGCAGUAUUCGACACAGACUCCACUCAGGUGGAUAUUUACAAUGAGACCGCCAGGCCUAUAGUGGACAAGGUGCUACAGGGCUACAAUGGAACGAUUUUUGCAUACGGCCAAACCGGCACCGGCAAAACUUAUACCAUGUCCGGUGCUAAAACCUCCCCACAAGCCAGAGGAAUUAUUCCAAACACGUUUGCUCACAUCUUCGGUCAUAUAGCCAAAGCCGAUGAAAAUCAGAAAUUCCUCGUACGUGCGACUUAUUUAGAGAUCUACAACGAGGAAGUUCGUGAUCUGCUCGGUAAAGAUCAGAAUACUCGAUUGGAGGUGAAAGAAAGACCGGACAUUGGAGUGUUUGUGAAGGAUCUGAGCGGAUACGUGGUGAACAAUGCUGACGAUUUGGAUCGCAUUAUGUCUCUCGGCAAUAAAAAUCGUGUUGUUGGAGCUACUGCCAUGAAUGUGUCCAGCUCCCGAUCCCACGCAAUAUUUACAAUUACGGUUGAAUCUAGUCAGAUCGGUGAAGAUGGAGAACAGCAUGUGAAAAUGGGGAAGCUUCAUUUGGUGGAUUUAGCUGGAUCAGAAAGACAGAGUAAGACAAAGGCAACGGGUCAGCGGCUUCGCGAAGCCACUAAGAUUAACUUGUCGUUGUCCACAUUGGGGAACGUAAUAUCUGCGCUAGUUGACGGACAAAGCUCUCACGUACCUUACAGAAAUUCCAAACUGACUAGAUUGCUGCAGGAUUCGUUGGGCGGAAAUUCGAAAACGUUGAUGUGUGCAAACAUUAGUCCAGCAGAUAUAAACUACGACGAGACUAUAAGCACUUUACGUUAUGCGAAUCGCGCGAAGAACAUCAAGAAUCGUGCGAGGAUCAACGAGGAUCCCAAGGAUGCUUUGCUUCGUCAGUUUCAAGUAGAAAUUGAACAAUUGCGCAAACAGUUGGAGGAAAAUGGCGCGGAGCUCUCGGAAUCUGAGGAUGAGUCCGAGGAUUCGGAGGAAUCGAGAGAAACGAAGCGAGAUAAGAAAGCUCGACGUAGAAGGAGUCAAAUGAUGUCGGUGGAAGAGUUGGAGGAUAAAGAUACAGACUCGACUGAGAAGAUUGAUAAGGCCGAGAGAGACGAUAAGAGUCCAAUGGAUAAAGAUGUCAUUGAAUUGAAGAAGACUCAGAGUGAGAAGGAAGCGCUGCGAGAAAAGAUGCAGAAUUUACAGAACAAAAUAUUAGUGGGUGGCGAAAAUCUAUUAGAGAAGGCGGAAGCUCAGGAGCAAUUGUUAGCUGCCGCAGCGGUCGAACUCGAGCAACGGAAGAGCCGCGAAGAGCAAUUGAAGAGGGCCAUUAAAGCAAAAGAGGCAGAACGCAUUGAUAUCGAAGAGAAGUAUUCGUCUCUGCAAGAGGAAGCGGCUGGAAAAACGAAAAAAUUGGCGCGCGUAUACACUAUGUUAAUGUCCGUCAAGGCAGAGCUGUCCGAUCUGCAGCAAGAGCACCAAAGAGAGAUGGAAGGUCUUCUGGAGGGUGUACGAGGAAUUGGCAGAGAGCUGCAGCUGCAGAAUCUCAUUGUGAAUCAUUAUAUUCCCGUGCAAUAUCAGACAAUGAUCAAGAGAUAUGUUCACUGGAAUGAGGAUAUAGGCGAAUGGCAACUCAAGUGCGUAGCGUAUACAGGGAAUAAUAUGCGCAAGGCGCAAACCGCAUCGCCGGCAGGGAAUAAUAAAGACACAAUGCCGCCGGACAUGUCGAACAUAUAUCUCUCUUACAACAUCGGAAUAGACAAUACGUUUGUGCAACCGAAGAAAGUGCGAAGCCGUUCUGGCGUACCCAGACCAACUACCGCGCAUCGACGUACACCGCAUUAAACACGAAGAUCUUCGGUCGUGGAAUCGCGGAGGUUUAUCUUUUCUCACAUUUUUAUAGUUCUAUUUUUUGGCGUGAACAAACAUGGACUCACGAAUCCAUGUUUGUUCGUGCAAACGUGCAGUAUAUUUACAAUGUACUCGUAUCGACUUGGUGCGAUUAGAUAAUAUACUCGUUUGUGUGCGGUUUCGCACGCGCGCGCAAGAGAGAGAGAGAGAGAUGUCCCAUAUUACUUUUAAAAGAUAUCUCGAAACUCUCUUCUUCUUGUUUUUAUACAGAUAUAAUAUGUGCGAAAGAUGCCUAAUUAUAUCAUAAAUAUGGUUGAGAUAUAAUUUAACACUGGCCACAGACACAGUAGACGAAUCUAAAACUAUUUAAACGUAUUCUUUAUUCGAACACUUUAGAGCACGCCACAGAAGGCACAAGUAUUUUGUCCAAGAGUAUUCAAUUUUUUAUUUAUAAGAUAUAAUAUAGCAAAAGUAUUCCAACAAAAUCACAGAUCGUAUGUGUUAAAAUAUUAUUAGAAAUAUACAUUUUCGUGUUAAUAAUAUACGAGAGAGAUCAUUCUAGUAAUAUAGAAAAUAAUAUGAGUCCAUUAGAAAAGUGAAAAGACAAUGCUGUACCUGUGGAAUGAGAAAGAUUUCAGAAACUCGACGUAUACAAAAAAAGUCACGAUAUCAUAUUUACAUAAUAUUUAUAGAUUCGGUUAAAAAUACGACGUUUCUCUCAAGAUAAAUUUAUUCUACAUUUAGAAAUUCUAUAUCUCUUCGGUAACUUUAUUCGCUUAUACUCGCUACCUAUACGAUUCCUUCGGACAAACUUGGCACAAGAAAUUACAUAAAACAAAAAAAUAAACUAGAGAUAAUGCAGUGCAAACAUUUAUAAUUAAUAUUAAAUAUCAGUGUCAAAUAAUUGCGAUAGAGCGUUACGAGCGUUAGAAUGUUUUAUUUGAUUAAGUAGCCAUUUUUAUGUGCUAUAAUGAUAUUAGAUUCAUGACAAAAGAUUUUUAGACAACACGAACAUCUAAAAAUAUCGCGAGAACGUCCGAGAAAAUCACACGUUCUUUAAAUGGAUUUUGCGUUGUCU